GCAGUGCAUGCCGCAGGUACGCGACCGCCGCGACCGCCACCAAAAGUUGUCAUAGGUGCGAGUGCCACGGGCCGGCCGUGCCGCGAGACUACACCGCACGCCGCCCCCACGCCGCCCGCCGCACCGCACGUGCGGCCACCGCUGACCCGGGAGCCGCUUGGCCGGGCGAACCCUGGCGAGCGACGACGCCGCUCCUCGAUUCCGUCUUCUAUGCAGUGUUCAAGAGCGACGCGAGUGAUCGCUGGCACCGGCUUGUUGCAGGAGCGGACACGAAGAUGGUAGCGGAGUAGAGAGAGAGAAGAGCAGCAUCAGCAGGUCCGAUGAAGAGUGUCCCCAAGAUGGUGUUGGGCAGCACCCUCGCGCGAUGCAAUGUCCGUCCCACGCGGCCCCAUCCGAUCGAGUCCUACUGGGAUCCCGCUCGCGCGCCCUUCAUCCGAUAAGGGUGCGGCCCCGUGGUGCCCCUUCCGUGCUUGGAGCGUUUCGGUCACGAACAGUUGUCCCGGGAGCCCCCUGGUCGCCGUCAUCGCCUCGCGAGCCCUUUAUGCCGGGACGUUGGCCACCAUUUGGACCACGGCCCCGAGUCUCCAGCGUCCCUGCGCCCAGCUGGCCGCCCUGUGUCUCCUUGCCACUCUAACGGCAGCGGCAAGGUGCUAUGCGUGCUCGAACGCCAAUCUAGCCCGAUUCGAAGACCCUUCCUUUAGUCCAAUUGAUGAUUCCGACGCCCGAACGCGUUCUUCCAUAGUGUUAGGUAGACCGACUCCUCCCCCUCGUGAUACUAGCGUAGUCGUAGCGGAUUCCGAAGGCUCGCCGCCGAACAACGAGACCAAGACGAGUCGGACUAGGCGCGAGCUGACUGCACCCACGGGAAUCAACCGGAUCGUGGACGAGAGCAAGAGGAACGCGCUGGGCAUUGGCAAACUUAACUUGGAGAAGAGGUCGGAUGUGCUGGUGUCCAGUGAGACUGACGGGAGUGUGAGUGAGAGUAGUGAUAGGGUGAACUCGUCGAUCGUGGACGUUGCGCCAGAGGCUGAGCACCAGAACGACAGCAGUUUCGUCGACGAAGACGAUCCCUACGGACACCUCGAAGGCACUGAACGGCCCAUGCCUCCGGUGCAUGACCACGGCAACGCUUCAUCAGUGAGCGAUUUGGGCAUCUUGGUGCUGGUGUUUUCCGCAAUUGUGCUGACAGUGGCGCUGGGGCUCAUCACGUGCGUGCUGAGCCAUUAUCGCCCAGUGGCUGGGGAGGGGGCAGCAGACGGGGGCACGGCGGCCGAUCCGCACGACGCCGCGCGAACACCGACCACCGCACCCAUGCUGUCGGUUGUGAGCGCCGGCGCCGCGGCGGGGGUGGGCGGCAUGGACCGUCUGCGAGGCGGAAGAGCGGCCAGAGAACUGGCGGCGACGAGGGACCGCCAAGUGAGACUGCACGCCGUACACACAGACAUAGCCAUCAACCUGCCGCCCAACAUAGCCAUGCCGGACGGCGAGGAGCACCCCUUUACCAGUUCCAGACUGCACAUACGGGACCCCGAGCAGGAGUCCGAGAUCCACCAAAAAUGCAUCCGACCGCCGCCGAACCGCACCGUGCUGGAGUCGGAGUCCCCGCCCCCGUACCGGUCGAGCUCGGCCGGCCUGCUCGGCUCGUCGAGCAGCAGCAGCAGUAGCAGCGGCGGCGGCGGCGGCGACUGGUCGGGCGGGGGCGGCGCGCCUCUGGUCGUGCGCUGCCACUCGAUGUCGUCGUCGACCUCCUCCUCAUCCAACAAACGGCCAGAAGCUGGAAGCAGCGGACAAAAGACUGAUUUUUUACAUAGGACUGUUAAAAUUUUCACGGGGGGGAAAAAGGGGAGCGCGGGGGUGGUGACGCCGCCCCCGCAGACGUUACCGGUGGUGAUCGUUCCCACGCGCCCCAGACGGACCUCCGGCGACCAGCAGGGCAGACCCAAGCCCAGUGUCUGACCUCACGUGACGACCUCUAGGUGACUUUGUGAAAUUGUAGUAGAAAUUGAGGUGAAGCGAUUCCAUGGGAGGGAGAUUCGAAACUACGAGUACUCAUUUAAAUUAUAUGUUGCGACUUCGAUUCUGUUGGAUCAACGGACGGACGUUAGUGAAAGGACACUUCUCGAUGUGGUCUGAGUGUUAGGACUCUGAUAUCCCUUCGAUGUUGGAAUAUCGAGCCAAGUAUUGCAAGAUAUGUACUGUGUACAUCCAAUGAUAAUUAAGAAUGAAUCAAAAGAAGAAUAUUUGGCCCGAGUAGACGCCGCGAUAUUUCGACGCUAGAACAUUGUUCUGUUUUUAAAUAUUGUUUAUUGAAUCAAUUGGGAUAUUCAAGUGCAAGAUGGAAGACUUGUUCCAACUAGUUUCCGUUAUGCUAAAAGUGUUCAUCUUAUAGUCAGCCGUCGUCAAAAUAGCUCCAACUGAAAUAUAAUCACACAUCACAUUCCGAGCCCGGACCUGCAUACAGAUCUCACCCAGGCGUUCGAAACGUGCAGGUCCGUCUUCGGAGUCUAUAGCAAAAAAUGUUAAAUUAUAUUAUUAUUAUAUUACAAACAAAUAUUGUAUAUGGUAGACAACACCGUGUAAUAUAGUGGAAACAUAAGCAUAUGUGAUGAUAGGGUGCUUGGGAACGCAUAUGUGCAUAUAACUUUGCCAGACCUGAGGGCCACAAGAAAAAUCAGCAGAGCACGAAAUUCCGAACGUCCUCCCGAAAAUCUACGCAAAACUUUAUUUAAUAAACGUCUUUACUCCAGAACUGAUCGUACAAAAAUUCCUAGGACGGUCGACGUCUUCGCGACUAUUCCAAUAGUAAUCGCCCCACAGGAACGUACAUUUUUUCUUGUAAAAAAGUCCUAGGGCUCCGCUUUGUUAAAGGCGCAAAUUCCAAGUCCUCUGCUGAUUCUUCCCCGCCGUAGCGUUUCGUAUCCGGCCCUUAUUUUACAACCGCAAUCAAAUCGGGUGCAAUCUCUAUUUAAUUUACCGAGUCUCACUAGUUGUAAAUAUUAUUUUGUGCCCAUUAUAAGCCUCGCUUUUGAUUUCAUUCCAUCGAUUACUCCAGCUUUGUACAGUUUCACCGCCGUGGAAAUAAAUCUCCUUAUUUAUUUUUGUGUACGUUAACCGGAAGGAAAGUUUGUUGCAUGUAUGAUACCCAAGUGAAUUAAAAAGUCUUCAUAACAACAAGAAAAUGUGAUUAUAAUUAAAUUUUAUUAUUAUGAAAGUAAAUAAUAACAAAUUGAAACUGUUUUUGUAUUAGUGAAUUAUUAAAAAUGAAAACAAAUCGACUUUCAAGUGUAUACUUAUCUGUUUAUUUUUCUGUUCUCUUUCUUCUAAGAAGAUUUUUUGUUUAGAGGGACAAUUGUGUAAUGUGAUUAAGUAAACAUGAAUCAUGAAAUAAUAAAUCACUUUCAUUAAAAUCGUCUCAUUGUGAUUGAAUCCCCGCAUUCAAUAAACUCGAAGACUCUUCAACUUCCUCGCUACAACAACAACGCUUUGCAUGAAUUAGCCUACAAUAACUCGAGGUUCAAAGUUUAAGCGUGGUAUUUGUUUAAACUCGCCCGAGGAUUUCAACUUCAUCAGCUUAAAGGGAACCCUGAACCCUGGAACGCUCGACUGGAGCCGAGGAAGUUCAUAGCUGCUGCUUUUUUUACAACCGAGCUAAAAAAGAUCCACAUUUUAGCCCCUAGGGUAUGCAACUCACAAUUCACGUGCGUCGGCUCGGUUGUGCUCCACGCAAACCAGUAUUUUUCUAAUAAAUAAAAUUAAAGUAAAUUUA